AUAUCAGAAUGUCGUCCCCCAACCCCGGUAAAGCCGUCUUCGAUACCGUUGUUACUAUCGGCUCGCUCGGCUUCGUCCCCGUCGCCGUCCGCUUUCGCAUCUUCCCUAUUCUGUCCGACUUUGGUGGUCCUGCGAAUGGAAGAGAUGUGCGCGAUGCAUACUUGAAGAGCGCGCGCGGCGGUACUACCGACACGCCACCCGUAAAACUAAUCGAGGAUACGCUCGUCGCAAUGACCGCCCUGUCCUGGGUCGACGCCGUAGGGGAGAACCUCUACCGCGCGAACAAGUUGACACAGUAUCUAGGAAGCACGCCGUCUGCUAUACACGGGAUUCUGCAUUUUACAACAGAAGUCCUCAUGUCCUCCGCCUUCCUCAUGCGCAAGCUCGAAGCAACGGGCUUCGAAUACCCCUUCACCGGGCUGCAGACGCCGACGCAGCAUGCGUAUACUUUAAUGGGUCGGGAUGAUCUCGCGGGUCUGCAUACGUAUGCGAUUAUGGCGGCCGAGGGCCGGAUCGCGAGCUUUAAUACCUUUAUGCAGGGUCGGUUCGGGAUGGAUGCGAAGACCCCUGAGCGUUUACAGGCGCUGGGAUAUGAUAUUUCCUCUGUGGUACAAGAGGCGAGAGGGGAGGGGAGCCCGGUGAAAAUGGUUGAUGUUGGGGGUGGAAGGGGCGACUUGUUGCGGGACAUCAAGGAUGCUAUUCCCGGGCUUGUGGAGGGGGAUUUAAUUGUUGCGGAGUCGAAUGCUGAUAUUACUGAUCUACCGGGACUUACUCUGGUUAAUUGGGAUUAUCUAACAGAGGAUGUUCCUGACAUGAUUAAAGGGGCCCUGAUUUAUCAUCUGUCUGGUGUCUUGCAUAACCUCCCGGACCUGGGUGCGGCGAGGCUGUUGCAGAAGAUAGCGGGGGCAAUGGAAAGAUAUUCUAGGGUUCUUAUCCAUGAGAGAUGUAGGGAUGAGAUUCCGGCGGCGAAUGCUACGAUGGUGGUGCUGUAUGGUGGAAGAGAGAGGAGUCGAGAGGAUUGGCGGCAGUUGGCGGAGUUGGCCGGCUUGAAGGUUACCUUUAUGGUCUUUCCCGAUGGACCGGGGCAGGGAGUCGUCGAAUUGAGGAGGAAAUAA